GGAAAGAUACGUGGAAUGGUACGUGCUCGGAUAUGGCUAAUCUCGACCACUUAGCCCCUACGGAUCGAGAAGGUCUUAAAACAAAAGGAGAACCUCCGAAAGAAGGGAUCUCGACAUUCUGUCAUAGUUUCGAUCUUGCUAAACGACUAGACGUUGGGCUGCGAUCUCGAUUUCAGUUCAUCCCCCUUCGAGGCGUUGGCGACACUCAGUCUUCGCCUUUCCUCUCCGCCUUUCUAACACUCGAGAAAUACCUUUUGAGCUCGGCUCCAACCUCGGUUCAUCGCGUGGUCAUCCCUAGUCUACUCUCACCAGCCCUGUAUCCUCCUCACGCGUGCGCUCCUCACCACGUUCUCCAGUUCCUCAUGAAUAUUCGACGGCUUCUCCGCUCAAUUCCAUCCCGACUUGCCGUCAUGACCACUUUUCCUCUCUCACUGUUUCCUCGCAAUCAAGGAGUUGUCCGCUGGAUGGAAAUUCUCAGUGAUUGCGUGCUUGAGCUGGCACCAUUUCCACACCAAUCCCUCGCGUCCUCAGGCGCUACAACCAAGGAUGAAGAAGCUCCGCAAGGGUUGAUGCGGAUCCAUAAACUCCCCACACUACACGAGCGAGGAGGAGCCAGUGCGGCACAACUACUUGCGGAAGAUCUAGCUUUUGUCGUCAGUCGAAGGAAGGUGGUGAUCAAACCAUUCAGUCUUCCACCGAUUGAGGGGGACCAAGAGGCGCAGAGCGAGCGAGAAGGAGGCCAUACUCAAGGUGGAGGUCUUUCUUUCUGAGGGAAUAUUUGGCUCGGAAUGUAAUUCCGUCAUUGGUUGCGGUCAAUAGAAUUGUAGAGCAUGCUUGGCGUUGCUGCAUCCGGAGACCGGGACUCCACGUUCAUUCAGGGACGAG